CAUGGCGAUUCGGCCAGUCAGGUGAUUCGACUGACCAAUUGAUCUUGUUUCACAAUGGAGUCUUGAUGAGUUUGCACGACUGGAAUGGCCAGUAAAGAAAGUCUUGGAAGAGUGAGACAUUUUGAUCUUAGUUCAAAACAGCUGCGACUGCGACACCUAAGAAGCAUCUCUGUUCGAAAAAUUAUUCCAAAGUUUUCCAUUUUUGGAGAUGAUUUGCUGGACUGCCUGCUGGAAACAUACUUCACUUUGCAUAGUGUUGAAGGAAAUCAGAAAGCUAUCUAUACCAGUGAGAAAAUCAAGUAUUCACUGAAUCCAACAUGGGCUAGUUUUGAGCCAUCUUCAUGGAAAGAUCAACAAUCAAGUGCUGUGUCUUCUGUCAUUGUUAGAGUAUGGGGAGGUCAAAAAGACACAUUUCAACUUAUUAUUGAGUGGAAGGUUCAUUUGCCAUCCCUGCAAUACCUUGGAGAACAGGUGAAGUCCAGCAAAUAUGGACAGAACACAGUUAUCUUUGGUCUCAUUGAUGGGUAUUACAGUGUACCUAACUGCCUGCCAAAAGAAGAGACUGCAGGCAGUGGUGAAAUUGCAGCUGUGAAAAGAAAAGAUGUUAUUAGAGUUGAAGUGGACCAGGUUCAAACAUCUUGUAAACUAUCAUCUAUUCAAAGACUACAGACAGUACAAAAGGCCAUUCUGCAGUCUCAACUGUCAGUCAGGGAUGUGCGGCAGGCCAUCCUAUGCAAAGUUGAAUCUGACAUCAAGUCUACUUCACAGCUAUCAGAAGAGGAGAUGCUGAAGUUGAAGAUCAAACUUUUAAGAGAGGAGUGCUUGUUAAAACAGAAACUCUUGUUGAAAGAAGGGGCAGAGGAGAAGAGUGUCUCUGAAAAACUGAAGGAAAGAGAAAUGAACCUUAAGAGGAACAGAGAGAAACUGGACUCUAAUAAAGUUUGUUUGAGAGAACAUAAGCAAGCACACGUAGAAAAAAGGGAAGCUUUCGUUAAGGUGACUGCUCAGAUGAAUAUGAGACGACGACAACUCAUCUCUGAGCUGAUAACAAUCUACCCCAUUGUUGAGUUGAAGAAAUCAAAAGAAUUUCUAAUUUCUGGCGUGCGGCUUCCUAAUUGUGAAUCAGACGAAUUCCAAGCCAUGGAUGACGAGACCCUGUCGGUUGCCCUUGGUUACACGUGUCACUUGGUGUGUAUGAUAGCUCAAUUCUUGGAUCUACCUUUGAGAUAUCCCAUGAAUUCUCGCGGCUCUAGAUCCACCAUUAUGGAUUUCGCGAUUGAAAAAGUUGCAGAGAAGGAGAGGCAGUUUCCGUUGUAUAAUAAGGGGAAAGAAAAAAUUCAGUUCUACUAUGGUACUUUUCUUUUAAACAAGAAUAUAGCCCAGCUUCGUCAGUUCAAUGGCUUGGGGACACCGAACUUGCGCAAUACUCUACCUAAUCUUAAAGACUUGCUGGAAACAAAGUUCCAAACAAGUGAAAAAUCUGCACCUCUCACAAUCAUACGGAAGUCUCCAUUGAAACACAGCCAUAAACGCUCAUCUACAUCAGGUGAAUCGGGAGAAUCUUCUCCUUCGAAUCCCAAACUUGAGGAUGUUCUUCUUAGGACAAUGAGUGCCUCCAGAUCCGAGGCGAAGUCUGUUAUGCCGGAAGCUCUGAGUGCAGCGCAAGUUAAUCUUGUUCCGAAUGCAGAAACUACUGUUACGAAAGGAGAUGACCCGAAUCCACCAACUCAACAUGAUUCGGUUGACUCGCUGGAAAAGCCUGUGUCGGAUGAUCGCGGGAAGGUUGCUACUGCUUCCUUAACAGACAGCUCACUGUUGCACAUACCCGCGCAAGGAACGAGUCAUUUAAAGUUUCUCGAACAACAGCGUUCCAAAAAAACCACUAAACUCGAAGACACUAAAAAUACUAAGACUAAAUCUCCAAGGACACUCUCCCUGAAGGGCCACAGACCAUCGAAUGUGGAGAAACGAAAGCUGGUCAAGAAUAACAGUAUGGAUACCGGAAUUGUAAAUAAAGGAGUCGCAUCUAAACUAGCGGAUGGUACUGUUAAUAACUUGAUUUCAAGUGCGGGAAAACGUGAUAUUUCUGGUCGUCAACACUCAGAAAGUUCGAGACAAGUUGGCUCUUCUGCCCCCAAUGGAGAACCCUCUACUGUGAAAGGAGACACCAGCAGCGGUAAAGCCGAUGUGUUGAACAAACCAAGCGAAUCUGAUAAACCGUUGUUCCGUAACGACGAACUUCGCGCUAAAAGGAAUUAUUUGUUCGAUGUGGAGGGAUCUCUUAAUUUCGACAGUUUCUGCGAAAAUGGAGAUAUAGAUUUAAGAUGAAAACGGAAUUUUUUUUCAAAGAUGUGUGUGUUGUACACAAAAAUUAUGCCCGUUAGCAAUUUCCAAGAUUUCAUAUGAUGAAAUUUUUUUUAAUAAAAUAAGAUGUCGCUAAUUUACAAUAAUUUCAAAUCUCAACCUCUCUUAGCUUGGAACCAGACAGUGAAAAUAAUUGGGGAAUGGUACAGAAAAAAAUAAAAACGCAGAAACUGCCUGUUUUUUUUUCCGGUCCCGUUCCCCAAUAAUGUGGCCAUAUGAUUUUUCAAUGAGGAUUCUGGUCUAAGGCGACACCGCCACGGAUCUUUUGUGCGUCAAUCCAUGCAGCGUCGCUUUUAUUUCUUGGCAGAAGUUCUUAUGCCAAAACAGAUUAGUUGGUUGAAUUCUUAAAAUGUUUUUCUUUUUCCAGGUAAAGAAAAUGACCUGUUUUUGCAAAGAAAUCUGAUAUAUGAUAACGAAACUGAGGGAUCUCUAAGGGAAUAGUGGUAAAGUAAUAACAAUUGGGGAAAUUUUAAGUUCUUGGUGGCUAAGGUUAUUAAUCUCUUUUUCUGACUGUUUAGCGAAUAUGAAUGAAACUUAAAUGGAACAGAAGACCUGCAUUGAGGACAGAUCCAUAAACCCACACAUAUUAUUUAGGAGAUGUGAACAUUUUCUUUCUGUCUGACCAAUCCCCCUUCUCCUUGUGAUUUUAUGUCUUUCAUCGAGUCCAAUCUUACCCACCUCGGGAUGGUGUCUCAUGGAUUUAGUAUAAGUGGUGGCCUGGGCACGAGGGAUUUUUUGUUCCUAAACUCUUUACACCUUCUGAUUUGUUUCUGGUAUUUCUGUGACUACUGUGGAAUAAUAUAUUGAUAACUGAAUAAACAGAACUUUGAAACUG